UGCUGAAAGGCAUGAGCCCUUGGCAGCUGGACUCGGAGCUGCGGCAGCUGGCGCCGGCGCCGGGCGGCUCUACCAAGCUGCUCCGGCUGUUCCUGGUCACAGUGCAGCGUCAGCUGGACACAGCGAGGGACUUCGAGCUGGCGCAGGCAUACCUCGGCCUCUUCCUCAAGCUGCACGGGCCGGCGAUCAGCGAGUGCGCCGAGCUGCGCGUCCUGCUGCAGGCGGUGGGCGAGAGCCAGGCGGAGUCGUGGCAGCGGCUGCAGGGCAGCAUCAGCGCCACCCUCUGCCUCGUCAGCUUCCUGCGCUCCUCCACGCUCGGCUAAUAGCCGCCGCGGCCCUGCCGGCGUGGCCUCGCUCGGUCCGGACCCGCGACCCGAACUGGGCGUGUCCGGCCGUGAUGGGCGGGCGACAGGGGACCGAGGAGGCGCUCGUGCCAGCCCGGCUCUCGUGUGCGGUCGGGGCACGACUCGGUGGCGCGGGUUGGUAGGCCGCAGGUGCGCUUGUGUGGGGUAUCUCGGACGCUCAAGGACCCCUCUGGGCCCGUGCGCCCGAGCGUGUGAUGUGCGAUGGAAACGGACGGAAAAUACAGACACGC